UUGAUAAAAAUAAUUUGUUUUAAAUCAUUUUUGAGUAUUCUUUAUAUAAACAAAAAAUUGAUAACAAACAUAAAUUUUCGUAAAUUGAAAGUGUGCCAAAUAAUCAAUAAAGAAUUUUCGCGUAAUUUUUGAGGAAAAAAUAAUUCUAAAUUAAAUUUGUGUUAAAUGUUAUGGUUUUAAAUUCGCAAUGUUAUUUUGGAAGCUGAUCUACAGCAAUAAAAAAUUACAAAAGCCGCGAAGAAGACAUUUUCUAUUAUAAAAUUUGAAAACCGUAUAAACAAUGAACAACAUUUACAAUGAGCAACAACAAAAGAAACUGACACGAGCCAUAGCGAUGCGUGCGCUCAUGUAUGCCAGUGGCGAGAACUGCUAUUGUCCUGUGAAGAAACCAACCAAAUUCAUUGUCACACUGAAGCCGGUCAUUAAAACGCCCAACGCCGAUCCUUACCUCAAUUUGGAAGCGGAAGCGGAAGCCAGCGGCUGCACCUGUAAUAUGAGGAAUCCGCGUAAGACCACAACCGCUGAGCAAAUUCAAGUGCGAACCAAUAACGAAGCAUUAAAAGGCAAAACACUAUUGAAUGCUUUUCGCGUACUUACCAAUUCGAAAUUCAUCACUAUCGAUCCGAAAUAUGAUUACGGCGACAAAGGUCUGCUCUCGCCUUCCGGUCAACAGAUUCGGCUUUGCGGUGGCACAUAUGAAACACGAAAGAAUAACGAAAAUUGUGAAUGUCCCAAAGAGACGGCGCAAAUGACUAAAACUGAGAAGAAUCAAAAUAAAUUUCUACAACCCGGACAAGAGCAAAUAAGGCAGGAGAAGCGCGCAAAAAGUCCAAAGUCUAAGCCAAGUCAAAUAUCAUUUGUUUGCGAAAAUGGACGCAUCUAUCGUAUACUGCAGCAUGGCUGUCAUGAAGCAGGCGAUAAAGCCAAAAGAUCACCGAAAUAUCGUGUUGUAUAUCCAGGUGGAGAGAAACUGGAAGAAACGAAAAAAUUACCGAAGAAAGAAAGGCAGAAAAAGUCGGAAAAGGUUAAGACGCCAGAUAGGUCGCGAGAAUCCUCCAAAGAACGUACGCAAUUAAAACAUGAAUUGGAGAGGGCGCCAGUGCAAGAGACCGUAACACCACCGCCAAUGACACCGCCGCGCAGAUGCGCUGAGAAAUCGGUGGGUACGAGUGAUGCGCCCAGCGCGACCGCACAACAACAAACUGUGCUGGACAUGAUCAGCUGGAAUCCGCUAAAGUAUUUUGACAUUAACUGUGCUGGCGCAUCAAAGGCAAAGCAACCAGAAGUAGAGCCCUGCAAAGAAAAAUCGCCAUGUCCAUUAAGCAUAUUUCCAUUUCCCAGCAUACGAAAGACGGAAAAGCCCGUAGAAACGCCAGCUGCAGAGGCCGAGCCGAUUUAUGCAGUGAAAGAGGAACCAUUACCUUGCCAUGAAAAAGAAAUGGAACGGCAGACAGAACCACCGCCUGCACCACCAAAGGCGCCAGAUAUUAGCAAAGAGAUUAUCGCACAACAAUGCAAUCGCAUAUACAAUUUGGAACUACAAGUUAAUGAACUACGCCGCGAACUCGGUCACAUGAAGACAGAAAUUAUACCGCCCGAUGAAAUGAUGCGUUGCACAGCGCUCGCCGCAAAACUACGCGAACUCUCUACAUUACUCGCAGAUCUGAAGACACAGCAUACGGAGGCGAUAGCCGCCGUUUUGUUGGCACAAAAGCAAGCUGUAACGCCAAAGAAACUUGAGUGCACAGCCGUUACACAAACGCCACGGCCACCCACACCGCCACCGCAACGACCAUGCCCAGAAAUGAAAGCAGAGACAGUGCAAACCUACAAUCAUGCCGAAAAUAAACUCUCACAAACCAAUGCCACUUUCGGUUGGCGGCCUUUCAUAGACGAAGCAACUCAGAGUUCACCACCAUCCACUGUGCCGGUAACAUCUAAAAACACUUCGAGCGUGCCGGUUAGCAGUCAUGCCAGCUCGGCAGCUAGUACUGGUCUGCCCUGCCGACAUGGCACCGGCGAGCUACCGUUGAAAGAGUCACCCAGCUUUUGUCCCUACUGUCAAUGCAGCGAAUACCCACGUUGUACUUACAUCGAACGCAAUCUCUAUGGCGAGAUCAUAAGAAUUCUGCAACAACACGCACCCUGCGAGGUGUUGCUGUCGGUGCUGUUACAACCGAACAAUAUAUACCAUGUAAAUAUUUCGUUGACCAGCAGCGGUGUGCCCUUGGGUUGUAUCUACGCCACGGAACGCGCUAUCAACGAGGCCGUCGAGGCAAAUGUCUUUAAUCGCUUUCUCACCUUCUUCAUAGUGGACGCGCGCAUUUCGGUGCAACAGAAGGCUAAAAUUCUGGCGCAUACAUUUGAGUUUUUCAAAAAUUAAUGUUAUACACACAUAUACUAUAUAUAAUGUUAUUCAUUGUGGAGGCGUUAGAUUUACGGGCAAAUGUGCAAUCCGUUACUUGUUUAAAAAUUCUGUGAAAAUUGUAGUAAUAUACUUGUGUAUAUAUUUCUGUAUUAA